CAUGGAGUAAUUGUUCCCAUUUACUUUUUGCAGGCCCGCCAAGCAGCCCCUUGUGUGCUCUUUUUUGAUGAGCUAGACUCCAUUGCAAAGGCUCGAGGUGGGAAUAUCGGAGAUGGUGGUGGUGCUGCAGAUCGUGUCAUCAACCAGAUCCUGACAGAGAUGGAUGGCAUGUCCACCAAGAAAAACGUCUUCAUCAUUGGUGCCACCAACAGGCCAGACAUCAUUGACCCAGCCAUCUUGCGCCCUGGCCGCCUGGAUCAACUCUUCUACAUCCCCCUGCCUGAUGAGAAGUCCCGGGUUGCUAUUCUUAAGGCCAACCUGAGGAAAUCACCAGUUGCCAAGGAUGUCGACCUGGAUUUCCUAGCUAAGAUGACCAAUGGCUUUUCGGGGGCUGACCUGACAGAAAUUUGCCAGCGUGCCUGCAAACUGGCCAUCCGUGAGUCUAUUGAGAGUGAGAUCAGGCGAGAACGAGAGAGGCAGACCAAUCCUUCCGCCAUGGAAGUGGAGGAGGAUGACCCAGUUCCUGAGAUACGCAGGGAUCACUUUGAGGAGGCCAUGCGCUUUGCUCGACGCUCUGUCAGUGACAAUGACAUCAGGAAAUACGAGAUGUUUGCGCAGACUCUACAGCAGAGCCGUGGCUUUGGCAGUUUCAGGUUCCCAUCAGGUAACCAGGGUGGUGCUGGUCCGAGCCAAGGCACAGGAGGUGGCAGCGGGGGCAACGUGUACAGUGAAGACAAUGACGAUGAUCUCUACGGUUAACUCACUAUCCUCUGUGGACCAAAGUCCACAUCAGACCGUGUUGUACAGGAAAAAAAUCCAGUGUUCAGUGGA